AUGGCAGAUGUACUCACUGAAGAACAGAUUGUGGAGUUUAAAGAAGCCUUUUGUCUGUUUGAUAAGGAUGGAGAUGGUUGCAUUACCAUUGAAGAAUUGGCCACGGUCAUUCGGUCAUUGGAUCAAAAUCCAACCGAAGAAGAACUUCAGGAUAUGAUAAGCGAAGUUGAUUCGGAUGGAAAUGGGACUAUAGAGUUUGCUGAGUUUUUAAGCUUGAUGGCCAAAAAAAUGAAGGAGACUGAUGCGGAGGAGGAACUUAAAGAGGCGUUCAAAGUGUUUGACAAGGAUCAGAAUGGCUAUAUAUCAGCUACUGAGUUGAGGCAUGUUAUGAUCAAUUUAGGUGAAAAGCUUACUGAUGAAGAGGUGGAGCAGAUGAUCAAAGAGGCUGAUUUGGAUGGCGACGGUCAGGUUAAUUAUGAAGAAUUUGUUAAAAUGAUGAUGACUGUGGGGUAA